GUUCUUUUCAGUAAUGAAUAAAUUCCAACAGCCGGCAAACUUGGAACCAAGCUUGGUUUUUUAUCUAUAUAAAUCCGUGUAAGCAUCAGAAGCUCUUGAAUUCAGGAAAACCAGAAGUUUCUAUUCACAAUGGCCUCACAUUUCCUCAAGCAUCUCUUGUUCUUCAUUUUAGCUGCCUAUGCAACUACUUGGCUGGUUCAAGCAAGCGAUCCGGAUAUCUUAACUGACUUCAUAGCCCCUCAAAACUCCACAACUGUUGAUGGAAAAUUUUUCACCUACUCCGGACUUCGAGGAAUUUUCGAUGAUCCUGAGCCUGCUAACUUCAAUGUAACAAAAGUUAGCAUGGCAGAGUUUCCUGCCCUGAAUGGCCAGAGUGUAUCCUAUGCUGUUCUGCAGUAUCCUGCAGGUGGUGUGAACCCACCUCACACUCACCCCCGCUCUGCUGAGCUUCUGUUUGUCGUUUAUGGAAGCCUUGAGGUUGGAUUUGUUGACACAACCAACAAACUCUACACCCAGACUCUACAACUUGGUGACAUUUUUGUGUUCCCGAAAGGAUUAGCUCACUUUCAGUUCAAUGCAGACCCCAAGAAUCCUGCAAUUGCUAUCUCAGCUUUUGGGAGUGCUAAUGCUGGAACUGUUUCAGUCCCUGCUGCAGUUUUCACUACUGGGAUUGAUGAUACAAUCCUAGCCAAGUCUUUCAAAACAGACGUUGCCACCAUACAGAAGAUCAAGGCUGGUCUUGCAACCAAGGCUUAGAUUGAAGCAUUGUCUUAACCUGCAUAACUGAAUAAACAUUCAUUCUGAUAACAUUUGCUGAACCCAGAAGUGUGCUCUAUGAUUUUCUUUGUUUCAUAAUGAUUUUUUUUAAUAAUAAGAAAGUUCUUUCCAAGAAAAUGAUCAAUCUUGUACUGCACAAAAAUGAGAGAGGCGUUAUUUCUUAUCAUCUUGGAUUAAAAUAUGUAAUAGGUGAUUAUUACUAUUCUAAAAAUUAAUAAAUAAAUUACAAGUGGAUAACAAAU